AUGAAUUAUGAAGAGUCAGAUUUUGGCAUAGAAUAUCCUUUUGAGGAAACUGGUGGAUCUGGUGAUGAAAAUAGAAUUAGAGGAAAUUGGUCUUUAAAAUUGGAUUAUUUAUUCUCAAUUUUUGGAUAUACUUUUGCAUUAGGAAAUUUAUGGCGGUUUCCUUAUCAUUUUGGAAUUAAUGGAGGAAUCGCUUAUUUAAUUCCUUACACAAUUUUAUUUUUUGUUGCCGCUCUUCCAAUUCUUUUUAUGGAGAUUUCGCUGGGACAAUUUGUCAGUUUGGGACCAGCUUCUGUUUGGAAAUUGGCACCUCUUUUUAAAGGUUUUUAG